AUGAAGUCGUUCGCUUUUGUUCCUAUGCUAGCCGCCCUAGCGUGCGCAACCAAGCACGAGAUGCCCGCCCACGCAAUGGCAAUGACCCAUACUGUCACAGUCGGCGGCGUCAUCCCCCCCGCAGACGCAACUUCAGCCCCCAAACCAAUCCUGCUCUACAACCCGGAAUCCAUCCAGGCGGCCGUCGGCGAUACCGUCAAGUUCGUCUUCAUGCAGGCCAACCACAGCGUCACGCAAUCGACGUUCGCGAACCCGUGCGUCAAGAUGGCCGGAGGCGUCGAUUCGGGGCUGUUGCCGAAUCCGAGCGGGGCGCCGGGCAUAGAGUGGACGACGACCGUCAAUAGUACUGAGGCGACUUGGUUCUACUGCAAACAACGCACAAACACGCACUGCGGCAAAGGCAUGGUCUUCGCCAUCAACGCUGCCACAACCGGCGACAAGACCUUCGCCGCGUACAAGCAACUCGCCAUCGCGCAGAACGGCACCGCGCUUUCCUCCGCGCCCAUCCAGGCCCCUGCGCCUCCCACCGCCGCCCAAAGCACCGUCGUUGUGGAAGCUACCUCCACCACUGUCGCGAUGGUGCAUAGCUCCACGCCCGCGGUGGGCCAGGGCUCGUCUCCAGCGGUGCCGGCGCAGGGUUCGUCGACGGUGGCGCCUGGUGCGCCGGCGGCGGGCGCGAGCGUCGUGCCGGGGCAGGGGAGCAUGGGGAAUGGGGGCGCGUGCUCUUGUAGCUGUUUGUGUGGGGUUGGGAGUUUGACGCCACAGGGGGCGGGGGUAGAUCAUUUCGGGGGGUAUGCUGGUAUGAUGCCGAAGCUUUCGUAA